CAAAAUUUUCAACGGUUGUUUAUUCAUUCAUUAUAUUUUUCUUCGCUGUUAAAGCUGUCUCUAAUAUUGUAAAUAUCUUUUGAGGAUUAUUCUGUUUCUUAAAACACACGAAAAAUGUCUUCAGAAGACUCUACAGACGCUGGAAUUUCUUCAAAUCCACUUGCCAUGUUCGUCCUUAUAUUAUUUGGAAUCAUUCUUUUAGUCUAUCUGCUUUCGAAUCCCAUCAAACAAGCCUUAAAUUAUUGCAGACUGAAAACACAAACCGUAAUCAUGGCAGGGUACUGGCGCAAGGUAACGGAAAGCCAUAAAGAAGAACUGGACAACUUCUUCCAACCUCUUCACAUGAAAAAGAAAGAAAUUUCUGAAAAUCUCGACAUUUUGGAAAUUGGUAUCGGAGAUGGUGCGAAUUUCCCUUAUUAUCCGGAAGGUUGCAACGUAUAUGCUCUGGACCCUGAAGAUAUUUUCCAAGCGGCAGUGCAGAAUAACAUAAAGAAAUAUCCGCACCUGACAUUCAAAAAGUUCUACUGCUCGCCUGCCGAAGACAUGUCUUUUAUCAAAACUGGUUCCCUCGAUAUUGUUAUAUCUACCAUGUGUCUGUGUUCCGUUGGAGAUGUGGGAAAAGUUCUGAGUGAAAUAAAAAGAGUUCUUCGGAAAGGUGGAAUUUUCAUAUACUGGGAACAUAUUGAAUCAACCAACUCUGCAGUUAAGUUUUUACAAGCUUUGCUGCAUGGGACAUGGAAGUUUCUGUUUGGCAACUGCCACCUGACUCGACGACCCUGGGAAACUAUGGAAUCAACUGGUUUUUCUACACUAAAAUACACUAAGAUCUGUGUUGAUACCAUGCCAAUGAUAAACACAACACUGGUGGGCAGUGCCACAAAAUAAUGGUUUCCAAUCUGUAAUAGAUUGUCCUCUUUUUCUCUAUUCUUCCAAUCUUCUUUCCAUCUUUUAUCCGUUUUUAUCUCUCCUCCUCCUCCCAUUCUGUCACUGUCUCCCCUCUUCCUGUCUGUCUUUAUUGAUUCCUCCUCCUCCUCCCUUUUUGUCAUUAUCUCCCUUCUCUGCCUGUACUUCACCUCUACUUUUUUUUCAACUUUUACACAUCCACAAUCUCAUUCAAAGCAAAUUCUAAUAUGAAAAGGAAGAGAA